AUGGAAGAGGUGGGUGUAAAGAGACCCAUUUUCAAAGAAGAAAGCAAAGAGGAACAGCUAAUUCUUAAGACUUCAUUCAAAGAAGCCAGGAAAAGGCAAAGCCCGCGAGUUGAUAUUCUUCUUAUCCUUUUAUGUGUUAUCACAGAAAAACUUCUUGUCUUGUUACGAGAUGGCCGAAAGCUCUUGGGUGUACUUCGUUCUUUCGAUCAAUUUGCAAAUGCUGUUCUUGAAGGUGCUUGUGAGCGAGCUAUUGUUGGGGAUAUCUACUGUGACAUUCCCCUAGGCCUAUAUGUUAUCCGCGGGGAGAAUGUUGUCUUACUUGGUGAACUGGAUUUGGAUAAGGAGGAGCUUCCUCCGCAUAUGACCCGUGUGCCUGAAGCAGAGAUAAAAAGGGCUCAGAAAGCUGAAAGGGAAGCUACAGAUUUGAAGGGCUCCAUGAGAAAGAGAAUGGAGUUCCUUGAUUUUGACUAAUGAUAAUCUUCAUCAAAUCCUGCACUAUAUUGCGAGUUCAUUCUAUGUCUGCGAAGAUUAUUGCAGGUGACCAAGAAAUGGAAGAGGUGGGUGUAAAGAGACCCAUUUUCAAAGAAGAAAGCAAAGAGGAACAGCUAAUUCUUAAGACUUCAUUCAAAGAAGCCAGGAAAAGGCAAAGCCCGCGAGUUGAUAUUGUACUAUAUCCAUAGCUGGUUUCAUCAUUUAUAAUUUAGUGUUUUGUGAUUGUUUCGGUUGUAACAAGCUAAUGUUCAAUCUCACCCUCUCCCUUGAUGGUGGCUUUUGUUUAUCCUUCAAACAUAUACUGCUGAGAUUUUGCUCAUUCAGUUGUUUGGUGCCUCAUUUUGUAAUGGCACAGUACCUCUUAAUUCUUUAACAUGGAAAUUUCCUGCAGAUUUACCAUA